GCCGAGGCGGGACUGGGAGAGGAAGCGGAAGCGAGGUGCUGUGGUGAUUAUGGCGGACGAGGAGGAGGAGCCGCCGUUUGAAGAGGACACUGAGGAAGCCGGAGGAGGCCUGGAUGGUGGGCAGGGCAAGAGGAAGAGGCUGUUCUCCAAAGAGUUAAGAUGUAUGAUGUAUGGGUUUGGAGAUGACCAGAAUCCCUACACAGAGUCAGUGGAUAUUCUUGAAGACCUGGUGAUAGAGUUCAUCACAGAGAUGACACACAAGGCAAUGUCAAUUGGACGGCAGGGUCGUGUACAGGUUGAAGAUAUUGUAUUUUUGAUCCGCAAGGAUCCACGGAAGUUUGCUAGAGUAAAAGACCUGUUAACUAUGAAUGAAGAACUGAAACGAGCCAGGAAGGCUUUUGAUGAAGCAAACUAUGGAUCUUGAUGCUUUUGUAUUGUGCAGAGAUGGUAAACGUGGCUACAUGUUAUCCCUAUACACUUGUGAGUUCUUUUUUCAAUACUGAGAAAUUAACCCUUACUGCUUUGGGUUUGGUUUUGUGGUGGUGGGUUGGUUUUUUUUUUGGUUUUUUUUUUGGAUGGAUCUCUGUGCUGGAGUGUCUAAAGCUGCAUUUACUGGUUAGAAUUGCCAGACAAGCCUAUAAAUGUAUCUUAAUGUUUUGUAUAUUCUUAUAAUGCUCUUUUAUGCUAUUUUAAGAAAAGGCAGGGAGUUCAAACUAGAAGUGCUCUAGAAGUUCAUGCUUGUUUGUAGCAACUCUUGUUUUGAGCUAUGGCAGCCUGUCAUGUACCAGAUGACUUGAAAGCUAAAUGUGCACAGUUCUCAUUAGAUUCAGAUACCCUUCAUCUGAUCCACCUUAAGUGGAUUUCAAAGGAAUAAUUGAAAAGUUAGUGUCUGAACAUCAUUGUGUUUGGAGAGGUUUAUACAGAGUAGUUAGCCCAGGUAUUGAAACUCUUGCUUUUCUGUGCCUUCUCUUUAUAAGAGGGUAUUUAUGAACAAUAAAAUGUUUCAACAGUUCA